GGCCGAGUGUCGGGGCGUUAGCCGCAGCUAUGAUCGAACUGCAAGAGCUGAAGAGAAGCACGAGAGAAAAUCAUCAUAAACGAGCUAGACAUGGAGCAGCCGGCAGAGCGUCGCGUUAUCCACUCAGCGCCGAGGAGUACCGACGCCGAGAGAUGCGCGAUCGAGCUUUCAAGCACAAAAUCAAGCUGUUCAUCGUCGGCCUCGGCUCGUUCCUCUCGCUCCUGCUGAUCUACUGCCUCUGGCGGGUUCACUCCAUACAGCGACACACCAAUUCCCUGCAGCAGACGGUCAAUUAUCGGAUAUUCAGCUACGAGGAGGUGCAGGCCAUCGACAGGGCCCAGCAGCAAGACGCCGUCGACGUCGAGUCGAGCGAUCUCGACGACGGCUAGCUCCGCUUUUAUUCGUGCAGUUUUUUUACUUAUUUAUAUACUUUUUCCAUCUACUUGUGCGAUUCCUAUCCGAAUAAAUGAUGUUCGUCCGUA